GCUGCGCUGCCGGUGACGGUGCUGGAGAAACCCUUUGCCUUCAAGGUAACUGCUGACAGAGCCAGGAAGACUGUUACGAUUGGUGUCAGCGGUGGUGACUUCGAGUGGCGCAGAGAGCCGUACACUGUGUGCGCUGUGUCACGGGAUGAAACAUGUGAUUCUGUGUCUGCUGGGCCUCGUGUGUGUGAGAAGAGUGGGUUCCCAAAUUCAUCAUCUGUAUUUCUGGAUCUCACCAGCAGGGGAAUGCUUGUUAAGGAUGUGAGGUUCUGCUUCAUCGCAGCCAACGUGACAAUUGGAGGACGCACCUACACACAGAUGCAGAGUGUGUCGGAGGACGUGUGGGAGGAUGUGCCGGAGGAUGAUGUUGAGUCGACCACAGGAAUGUCUGGUGGAGUCAUUGCCGGGAUUGUCAUUGCCGGCAUCGUUUUGUUGAGUGCUCUGGUUGUCGCCGUGGUGUAUGUGUUGCGUCAGCGAAGGAAAAAAAGAAGGGGGCCACCAGACUCUGGCACACCACCCUCGCCGACGGUGCCAAACCCUGUGCAGAGAGAAUCAAAUCCUUUGACAACUGUUUCUGUCGGUACUUCCCCGCACACUUCCCCACCCACGCCUGCUCCUCCCCAAGACGACAGUGCUGUCCAGGUGCCUGUUGUUGAACAAUCCAGCAACACAGUGGAGCGGCACAUGGAC